AUGGGUCUCACAUUUGCGGGCUCUCAAUCUACUCAUUCGCAGGAGAAUCAGGCGUGGAUCAGCUCCGCAUCCUAUGCAGGCAAGGCGGUCGAACUCAAUACAGGAUUAGGAUCACAGAUCGCGACGGGUACAUCAAUCGCGGCGGAGUUGCGUCGUGUGCAGGAUGAGGUAAGAGGAAUUAUGGAGGAAGAAGCCAGGAAAGCGAAGCUCGAAGAAGAUCAGGCUAUCUGGUUGGAGUUGGAAAGAGUGCGACAAGAAACGCGACGGGCCCUGGAGGAGCAAGAGAUUACCAGAAAAUUGCGGAUUGAACAAGAUACUCGUCGGUCAGAGAGCCGAGCAACACGUAGAAUUCAAGAAGAACACCAAGCCGCCUGUGCAGCGGAAUGGAAAGCACUCAUGGCUGAGUCUGCCAGAGAAGAGGCAGGGAAGAUCUUCCAAUGCGUUGUGCUUGGAUCGCUUGUAACACUGGGUGCAGGUCUCGACAUCCGUGAGGUGAUCACGGGCUUCGAGUCUUGUACCGUCCAUAUUAAAGGUUUACCUGGCAAUGCGACGAAAGGCGAAGUGUGCGCCCUGUUUAUACAGCAAGGCGUCGACGCUGGGCGAUUUUAUCUUUCAAGCAUGAAGAAGACACCUGCCGGAAAACAGGAGGCGGAGGUUGUCACUGAUAUAGAUUCCGGGAAGAUUCUUUCCGCUGGGCUUGAUGGGACCGAGUUCAGAGACGAGGUCCUCUCAUUUGGCAUGAUCGCGGAAAACAAGUCAGAAGGAAUGAUGUCGAACGCUGCACGAUCUGUCACCGUUCUAACGAUAUCCUUCCGAUCACCUUCUGCGCAAUAUGUAGCAGAUUUCCCAGACAUGGCAGCCGCUGAAUGUAAAGUAGGAGAGCUGACUGGGAAAAUUUUUUGUGGUCGUAAGGUCCAGGUAGAAAUGAAUACCCUUCCUCCUGGACGCAUACUAUCGAUGUUUCGACCGAACUCGAUCAAGAUUCGUAACCUCUCGCCCACAGUCACCGAUGGCGAUAUCAUUCAGUUCACUGGUUCUUCCUCCGUGCGACGCCUUAAGGAAAUACCGUACAGUACCGCCGGAGCUCGAAGCUUCCUACUCGAGCACAUGGAAAACAUCAAACUUUCAUCUACACUUGAAAAUUUGACAUUCGAUAGCGACCGUACUGACGGCAUAGUUUCUGCUGAGGCACGCUUCGCAUCCUGGGAGGAUGCGCACAGACUACAUGAAUCCCUUGCCGGAAAGACAUUCUCAUGUAUCGGAAACUCGCGUUUUUGGUUGCGAUUGCCAAGCUCACUACAAUACACUAUUAUCAUUCCUUCCGCGCAAUAUCAUGCUCAGAGAGCUCAAUGGACAUCGCUCGUUGCGAGUCUUAUAGACAAGAAGACGUGCAACUUAACAUUCCAUGAACACGACAAGUUCGUCCGUAUCCGCGUGUCAGGGUCCGACAAGCGAGCGACCGGGGCCCUCAAGGUCAAAGUCGAGAACCUGGCCUCGGGGGAGAAGGUCGCCGGCUGGCAUCGAUCGCUCGGAUUCUCAGGAACCGCGUUCGUGCAUUCUGUCUUCGCCGAGUCGGGUGCAUACUUGCGAGCAGACUGGAGACGACAGGCUCUGAAGGUAUAUGGGGGACCAGCAGCCGUAGAACAGGCUCGGGAGAUGAUAAAGGCAGAGCUGGAGCGUCUUGCUUCGAAGGAAUGGUCGACGGUACUAAAGAAGGGAUCUGUCGGAUUCUUCCUACGACGCGGGAUACCAGAGCUGAAGGAGACAUUUGGAGAAGAUAGCGUUCGAUUUGAUAUAGCAUCUCGCCGGAUUACCAUCAUAGGCGGAGACGAGCUUAGGCAUGCUUUCGACCGUCUAAUCCAAGAGUCUUUCAAUUCGAUACUUACCUCUCAAGCACAUUCGUCAACAAACGAGACGUGUCCAAUCUGUUACGACGAUGUCUCGAUCCCUUUUCAUCUCGGAUGUGGACAUACCUAUUGUACAGCGUGUCUGCGGCACUUCCUUGUGAGCGCGGUCGACUCUACCAACUUCCCGCUUACUUGUAUGGGAGAUGAGGCAAAGUGUGGUGUUCCGAUCGCGAUUCCAACAAUCCAGAAAUUCCUUCCCCUUGCGUCAUUCAAUCGUUUGCUUGAGGUGGUAUUCGCUACGCACGUGGCUACUCAUCCUCAAGAUUUCAAGUACUGCAAGACACCGGAUUGCAAUCAAAUUUAUCGCUCUACGAACCCGACUGUGGUGAGGGCGCUCCAAUGUCCUUCAUGUUUCUCUACGGUCUGUGCGUCCUGUCAUGAGGAUGCACACCAGGGCUUGAGCUGUGCCGAAUACAAAGCACGCAGCGAUCCAGCUGAGCAAGAACGCCUGAAUGAUGAGUGGAUCGCGAAGCAAGGAGGAUGCGUCAAGAGAUGCCCGGAGUGUCGAGUACCUAUUGAAAAGGUAGAUGGAUGUAAUCACAUGUCCUGCAAAUGCGGCGCACACAUUUGCUGGCGCUGUAUGGGCAUUUUCGCUUCUGAUAAAAUUUAUGACCACAUGCAAGAGGCGCACGGUGGAAUCCAUGGAGCGGAUGCGAUUCCAGAACUGCACGCUGAUGUAGCUGAGCAGGCAGAAUUGCUGCGACAAGCUGAACGCCUUCGAGAAGAGCAUUGA